CACACACACACACAAAUCUUUAAUCAAAAAUUGGAAGCCGACAAUUGGAGUAUGUGGGCUGCUAAUGUUUUGCAGAAACACACACACACACACACACACUAAAUUCCUUCUGAUUUGCGCAGUUGAUUUAUUAAUUUAAAUCAAGAAAUAUUCAGAUUACCUGUGUUUUUCUAUUUCAUCUCUUUUCACAUAUGGGUUUAUACAGUUGAUAAUAUAUAUUAUAUUUUUCACAUUUACUUCCAUUCAUACAGGUGAAAAAGAUUGUAUUUUUAUUCUUCUUUUGGGUAAAUAAGAAAAAAAUUGAGGCAAAAUGGAGAGCAAUUCGAGGAGGGUUAGCAAAUUCAAGAAAAUCUGUGUAUUCUGUGGAAGCCACCCUGGCCACAGAAAAGUCUUCAGCGAUGCUGCUAUUCAUUUGGGAAAUGAACUGGUGAAUAGGACGAUAGACUUAGUUUAUGGAGGUGGAAGUGUUGGGCUAAUGGGAUUAAUUUCCCAGAGAGUUUAUGAUGGUGGUUGCCAUGUUCUUGGAGUAAUUCCCAAAGCUCUUGUUCCCAUUGAGAUAUCGGGUGAACCCGUUGGAGAAGUGAAGGUCGUUUCUGAUAUGCAUGAGCGUAAAGCUGAAAUGGCUCGUGUGGCUGAGGCGUUUAUUGCACUUCCUGGAGGAUAUGGAACUAUGGAAGAGUUGUUGGAGAUGAUAACUUGGGCGCAAUUAGGAAUCCACAAAAAACCGGUUGGUUUGCUCAAUAUCGACGGGUAUUACGACUCUUUGCUCACAUUAUUCGAUAAGGGUGUCGAAGAAGGCUUCAUAAAGCCAAGUGCUAGGCACAUUGUUCUUUCAGCUCCUACUGCGAACGAGCUUUUAACCAAAAUGGAGGAAUACGCGCCGUUUGAUGAUAAUGUAGCCCCGCACGAAAGCUGGCAGAUGGAGCAACUAGGUACUUAUCCAACCGAACGAAAGACAUGAUGGGAUUUUUUUUUUUUUUUGAAUUUUUUAUUUCGUGGUAGGCCGUUUCAUCAGAUAGAUUAUUCGAUGCGAUUAAUUCCGAUUGCUAAGUGUGUUGAUUGAGGCUGUUACAUUGUGAUUUUGAAUUCUUCUUUUGCAUGACUACACCACUAUUUUCGAGUGAUUACAUACAGUUUGUCGAUUU